UUUAAUUAUUUUCACUAUUGAAUGAGUUCGGAGUUCACUGUGUCGUGUUUUUUUCAGAUUUUUAACUUUUAAUUUAUUGAUUAACAUUUCAAAAUGCAGCGUGUAAAACCAACAUCAUCGAAAACUGGGGAACUUAUCGCCUACAGUGAAGCAGCCAUACGAAAUAAUAUAUCUGCUGUAGAGUAUUGUCGCACAUCUAUGGCAGCCAUUUCCGGCUGUGCUGCGGGUAUAUUGGGUUUGAAUGGCCUCCUGGGAUUCUUGUUUUACUUCCUUUCAGUGUUUGUUCUGUGGCUCUUGGUCCUCAUGAAAUCUGGUACCCACUGGCGGAAAUUCUUUAUCAAUCGUCAAAGUUUGUUGACAAAUAGUUUCAUGGGAGCUCUGUGUACCUAUGUACUCUUUUGGACAUUCCUGUACGGUAUGGUUCAUGUAUACUAAAAAAAUACAUGUACUUUGUGGACUUUUUGUGUGGCUUAGGUUUAAUUUAAAUAAAUAAAAAAACAACAAAUUUAUAGGACAAAAA